CACACACACACACACACACACACACACACAGUUUGUCUCUGGCUGAUGCAGUGAGACAGAGCUGGAUGCUGCAGAAGCGUAAGCCUCCCGAUCGUAUAGCCGGCGUGCAGCAGCAGCAGGGACUCCCUCUCUCCUCACUUUCCACUCCACAGGAUGUGAGAACAGAUAAAUGAUCAGGAUGGUAGCACUGGUCCAGCUCGAUGUGGACAGUUCGAAGCAAAAGCGAUGGAGGAGACAACGCCAGACCCAGCGUAUGUGGAUGUGGACCAGGGCUUGACUCUUGCAUGCAUUGCCUUCCUCUGCCUGCUGCUGGUGGCCAUGAUUAUCCGGUGUGCUAAAGUCAUCAUGGACCCAUACAGUGCCAUCCCCACAUCUACCUGGGAGGAGCAGCAUUUAGACGACUAGCACGAUUUGCAGAUAAACUCCUAUCUAGGAUACAAGGUCAGGUUACAUGGACUUAGUCCAAUAUUGAAGCACAGCAACAAGAGACUCGGAAACUACCUACAGCCCCGGGACCUGGCAGAACAACCCAACACUGCACAGAGCUGUUCUCAGAGCAACAUAUCAAAUAGAUGAAGACAAUAAUCACUGAUGAGUCUUUAAAAAUGAGCCUGUGUAAGUUAUAUUUUUGAGAGAACCUUUUAGGCUUUGUACAUUUUUUCUAAUAAUCAUGAUUAAUGGGUGUGUGAAUUUAAUGAAUGCUGUUUGGUCAAAUGAAGCUAGGCUUGGAGGCAUGCUGACAAAGCUGCUCAUAAAGACUACUUAACAAUGACAUGAUAAUAAUUUAUAUCCGUUUACAAUAAAGCGACAAAUACAAAUGUGCUCUUUUGAAUGCGAUUCAGGAUGAGGCUUGUGCUGAUAAUCAGCUUUUACAGCAUAUCAUGAUAAUCAACGUGCACAACAUCAUUACUCUUCCAUUAAGAGGAGGCUGUCAGGCCAUGCAGCAUUUGUGAAUUGUCUGUCUGUCUUUCUGGGAGAGAUGUGUUAACAUUUUAAUGCAGCACCAUAUCCUUCUUCUUGAAAACAGUACAAAUUGAAAAAUCAAAAAUCUGUAGCUCUGAAGUGGCUUUUUGAUUAGAAUGCUAUUUGAUAAGAAAAGGCUGCUAAACAUUAAGUCAUUUUUAUACACUGUGUUAAUGUCAUUAAGUGUAAGCAAAUGUUGAAAAUGUACUUUCGGCACAUGCUUGUUUAGGAUACUCAACCCCAGAUUAAGCCAUUUAGCUGAGGUUCAGUAGAAUUCCCUUUAUUCCUAAAUGUGACUGCCUUUGACCACUACUUAAAGUCCAUUUCUUUUGCUCCUCUGUUGUCUUGAGCACAUGUCAGUUAAGAAUAUCUAUCCACAGAAAAUUAUAACCAUCUGCAUGUUAUCAAGUGCCUCAGCGAAAAUCACAAAGAUUGUUUUGAAUCAGCACACAAUCAAGAAUAAUGUGUAGCAGAACAAAACAAUUAUGUCUUGACUAAUUGAAACCGCAACUGUGCUAUGUUCAGCCUGCAUCUUCUUAUGCAUAAUAAAGAUAAUGAUUAUUUUAAAGGUUUUUGCUGUCUUUAUGUUAGGUCAUGUUCACACAAUCUAGAGCACCUUACCUAAAUAACUUGUGCAAAAAAAAAAAAUACAAACAAAAAAACAAAAAACACCUUAUUAUCAUUUUUUUUUUACAACAAAUUAGAAUCUUCAAUACACAGACUUUUGGACUCCAUUUAUAGCCUUUGUACUUUGCUCAGUGACAAUAAAGUUGAAUGUAAUCCAAUCUAAUUUGUUGGUUGCUAAAGUAUUCACACCCCAUGUUAAAUCCUUUCAAUUAUAGAAUUAAAGGUCCAUGGGAUGAUCAAAAUGCAUUAUUCCUGUAACCAAACCCUGAGUGAUACUUUCUCAAAACAUUGUCCUGAACUUGUUUUGAUGUUUGCUAACAAACUCCAUUCAAAUUAAUGCAACUUCUCAUGGCAACUGUGUUACAGCAGAACUACAAGAUUAUGCUGAAUACUUACACAAUCACAAAUCAUUUUCUCUACUAUAUGGAAAAUUUAUAUGAAAAGAAAAUCCAAGGUUGUAAUACUACAAAAUGUAGUGAAGUACAAGAUUGGUGGAUACUAACUCUAUGCAAGGCUAUGAGGCUGUACAGUUCUAUGACAAAUGUAAUGCACACAGUGCCAUUUAAGAAGCUGUGAUUUUCACAUUCUCUGCUUUAGUGCAGUUUUCACCCCUCACUUUCUGUAUUUCGCCUCAUUUCUCAAAUCAUCCCUUUGCACACAUUUGGUGUUCUGUAGCAGAGGCAAACUUCAAAGGCAACCUUCUUCAACAGGAUAUAACACUCAAGGUCUGUCACACUCAGGAGUCCUCAAUCCCAUGGCAAAAAGUAGAAAGUUAAUUUGCACAGCUCCACAGGGAUUCUCACAUUUCACCCUCUUUCCAGGAUAUAUGAGCACAGGUUUAAAUAAAGCAUCAGGCCUAUGGCAUGAUAUGCGAUUGGGAGCAAUGUCGGUGAACCUCGCUCCCUAAUCUAAUCAAGACUCUCACCUUAUGUAGCAUCUGAACCCAAAGCUCCAGUGAGAAUUUACUUGCUGAAAUUAACUGAGGCCUGUUUUCCUUUUCAAUCUGACAUAAAAAAAUCAGAUAAAAAAAAAUCUCUAGCGUAAUUAGUGGAAAUACUAGACUUUGGAGUCUAUUAGUUGAAAAAGUAGUUGAUUAUUUGAAGUUGUAGGUGGUCCUGUCACAAUGUGGACUCAUAAAAUGAAAAAGAACAGCUGGCAAUUUCUGAGUAAAUCCUUCUUUAUAUCUAAGACCAGAGAAUUAUCCAUUUCCCUUCGAAGGUAUUGGAACAGCAAGGCAGAUUUAAAGUUUUUGCUAUACACUAAAGACAUUGUGAUCAAAAUGAGAUUAUGAGAUUAUUCAAAUUUUGCAUUUCAUUUCCAGAUAUUUCCAUAUAGCUGUGAUAAACAACAUAGAACCUGACCCUAUUGGUGUCAGAACACCCAUUUUUGAACACUUAUUAUUUGGUUUCAUAUCUAUUGCUUGCAAUAACUGCAUCGAGCCUGCGACCGACUGACAUCACAAAACCUUUGCAUUAUUGUUUUGUGGCGCUUUUCUAAGGUUUGUACUGCAGCUUAUUUCAGUUGUUUGUUUUUGGAAGCUUCUUCUCCAGUCUACUCUUCAGGAAGUGAUGUGUUUUCUCGGUUGGGUUGUUGUGUGCUAAUUGAUGUCAGCUAGACAUCAAAGUCUAAAACCUUCCACUUCCCCUGAUGAAGUCCUGUCUUGUGUUUGCAGUGUGAUUUGGAUCAAUUUGCUGUAUAAUGAAGUUUUCUUUCAAUUCGACUUGAUGCAUUUCUCUGUAAAUUGGCAGAGAGAAUGUUUCUGUAGACUUCUGAAUUCAUUCUGCUGCUACCAUCGAUAAAGAUUAAUGAACCCGUUCCAGAAGCAGCCGUGCAAGCCCAAGCCAUGACACCACCAUUUCCACGCUUGACUGAUGAGCUUGUAUUUUUCAGAUCAUGAGCAGAUCCUUUCGAUCGCCACACUUUCAUGAUACCUUUCUAUCACAUUAGUAGAGGUUAAUCCUGGUUUCUGGCUCCUGUCUGUAUUUCUUUAUGAAUUCCAGUCUGGUUUUCAGAUUCCUAGUGCUAAUGAAUGGUUUGCAGCUUGUGCUACAUUUCUGCUCCCAAAGUCUUCUUCAGUGCUUUUAUUCACAGCUCUCACAAUGUUUCUGUCAUCAACAGCUUUUGGAUGACCUGUACCUGUUUGAUGUCUGGUUCUUUGUACACCACUGAAGUCAUGUUAUAAGUUGGUUAACAAAGCUAGAUGUAAAUAUCAGGAAACCAAGGCUGAAAUUCAGAUCCAUCAUCCCAUAUUUGUCUCAUUUCAAUCCAAAAUCUUUCCAGUUUAUAGCCAAAAAAAAAAAAAAAAACCCAACAGAAUUGGCUUUGCUGCUUCAAGACUUUUGGAGGGACUGUACGAAAGCAGUUAUUACCUAUCUGUUGGCAAUGGUAUUUUCUUUGCUGGAUUAAAAGUCAAGUGAUUGUCUGUGGUCCUUGUGUGUAGAGAACGAAGUGUACUAUCAUGUGCUAAAAUAAUAAUUCUGAACCAGUACUGAAAUUGCAAAAUUACUCAAGACUUCAACUCCGGUGAUAAAAUGAAUCCAAAGUUCUUUUUGUGGUUUAUGUUAUUAGGGCCAUGUGUACACACUUUAAUUUUUGCCAGCUGCUCUGUCAAUGAAUGUACUUGAGUCCAUGUUCAGUCCAGCAGUUAAUCAAGUUAAGAGCUUCAUUUUUGUCCUCUGUUAAAUUCAUUUAGCUGCCAUAUGUUAGUUUCUUGGCAAAUGAAAUGUUUGGACUAUAAAUUGUGUUAUGGAGUCAUACUGGAAAACAUAUGCCUUUUUACGCUCUAUCUUUUUUCAUCAUUUUUAACAUAACUGCCUCAAUGAUCAGAUGUACAGCUUUUUUUUUCCUUUAAAAGGUAAUAUUUCCAAUGGGUUUAAACAAAAUGGGCAUUUGUAGCAAUAAGGAGCACUGGGACAAAAGAAUAGAAAUACAUGUUUUGAGCCAUAAUGGAGAAUCCUAAAUAUUUCUUAAGUUUGAUACUCUUUGAAGACUGAAAUAUCGGAGAUGUAAUGAUACAGUUCAGUAGGAGGGAAUAAUUCGUUCUAAGUCUUCUUUUUACCAGAAUCUUUUAUUAAACAUAUCCGAGAAAAAAGUCAUACUUUCUGAAGACAGUAACUCAUUCCUUUAUUAUAUCUAGCUCUAUGAAGAAAAACAAAUAGGGUGUCAAAUUAAAGGAAAAUUAAUUCCUGCAAAUUGAUGUGAAGUUUUUUUGCUUGACCAUCUAUUCUAUGGUGAAACAUUUCCAUCCACGUCCAUCUGGAAGCGGUGUCUUCUAGAAUGACCCUGCCCUCAAUCCACAAAGCUUGAGGGCUCACUGAACAACUGAAUAUGUAAAUGAUGUAAAUCAUAUGCUAUGGAAAGGCCCCAAAUUACCAUCUAAUUAAAGGCCUGUAUCUCCAUCUACGGUGCAUUGAACAAGUUCCUGACAUUCGUAGUGGCCCAAACACGUUUCUAAGACUCUAUAAUGUUUUCCCUUUUAAUUAUUUCUGUAAAUUUGCUUAUAUUCAUAAGAAUAAAUUCUUUACUAACCUUUACAAUAAGCCUUAAGCCUGCAGCAGCAGUGCCUUAUGCAUGCUCAGGGUUGUACACAGUUAUGGAUUUCUUUCAUGCCUCUUGGUAUAAAACUAAUGAAAUAUGCCAUCUGUGUCACAUAAUUCAUUAGCUGGAUUUCAGAAAGCGCAGAGGCUUCAGUUUUGUCCGCUAUGUUCUUCACAAUGCACAACUCAAGGUUUUCAAUCAAUAACAGAAAAGCCUUCUGUCUCAUGGUGUUAAUUUUAUUUAUAGUUAACCAGCCGCUAGCAUGUGAGUUAUUGUGCCAAAGAGGCAUAAAAAAAGCAUAUUGGUAGUGUUUACCCUUUAACAUGCUCAAAAGAAGAAGAAAUGUAGUGUGUAAUAGUGAAUAUUAUUACAUUUUUAUUGCUGAUUGCCCAAGAUUAUUUAAUUCUGUCAUUUUUUGAACAAAUACAAGUGUGUAUAUAUUGUCAAUUGUAAUAUUAUUCGCUGUCAUGUGAUUGCAAAGUCAGUGUUUAUUAAUAAAGUGCAGACUUUACUAAUAUUCAGUGAAAAACACAUCUAAAACUAUGAGCAUAAGCAAUCAACAGAGCCAUACAGGCUAGGACCAAGACUAUAUCAAACACAGCAACAAACAGACUCAACAACAGGAACUAGACAAAGAAUCACUAAAACACAGAAACUUAGUGAAAAAGAACAUAAGUGAGGGUGUUUGGGGCCCUUGUGACACGCAGGGACUGAUGGGUAGCUUUGUAGUCCUGUGCACAUUUUCUGCCUAAAUAUGACAUUAGAACAUCUUAUGAAAGAAUAUUUAAGCAGGGCUGUCAAGUGUCAUGCAUUGAGAGUGACAGUCACUCAUUUGGGUCUUUUCUCACGCUCUCCUGCCACACAUCGUAUUUCUCACGCAGAAAAACUUUUUGA